GUCUCCAUAUGCUCAGUCAAAUCUCCAUAACUGUAAAUCAACACUAAGAACUCUGGAUGGUUAAAGUCAAGGAGACUCUCACAAAGGAUCCAGACCUUGAUGUGAAAUUUCAAGAAGAAUUCAAACUUUGUUCUUCACUGGACCCUGGGAGAAGGACAACAACAAGAAUGAGUGUGUGUCUGGUAAAUACACCACAGGGUCUGUUAACUUUCAAGGACGUGGCCUUGGACUUCUCACUGGAGGAAUGGGAAUGUCUCAGUUUUGCUCAGAGGUCAUUGUACAUGGAUGUGAUGUUGGAGAAUUACAACAAUCUGUUGUUUGUGGAAAAUCAUUGCAUACGUGGAAAGAAUGGGAAGGUAUUGGAUCAAGACAGCCAGUACAUUGUCCAUGAACACAUGAAUAUUCAAGAGAAGUCUUCUAAAUGGGACAAGCUUAGCAAUGUCAUUCUUGAAUCCCUCCAGUGUACACCUUACAAAACUAAUCACAGCUCUGAUGCUCUUCAAUUCUCGACCCAAAAAAGACUUAAGCCCAGGAACACUAAAGAAGUUUGCAAAUACAAUGACUCUGUAAACAGUUUAAGUUUGUUUUCUACCAUUAGUCUCAAUCAAGGAAUUAACAUGCAGAAGAAAAAACACAACCGAAAUGCAGAAUUAGACAAGAUUUUUGUUUCUAAACAUAAAGUCAUGGUGAAAAAAGACAAUAUUGCAGGGAACCCUUACAAAUGUAGUGAAUUUCACAAAUAUCUUACCCAGAGAGAAAAACUACAAAGUCAGCAGAGAAUUUAUCAUGGAAAGAAACCUUACGAAAGUAGUAAAAGUGACAAAUGCUUUACCCAUCAGAUCCAUCUUAGUAUUCAUCAGGGAAUUCAUACAGAAGAGAAAAUUUACAAAUGUAGUGAAUGUGACAAAUGUUUUAAAAACAAAUUCAAUCUUACUAUGCAUCAGAGAAUUCAUAAAGGAGAGAAACCUUACAAAUGCAGUGAAUGUGGCAAAUGCUUUACUGAUAAAACCAGUCUGAGAAUUCAUCAGAGAAUUCAUACAGGAGAGAAACCUUACAAAUGCAGUGAAUGUGGCAAAUGCUUUACUGAAAAAAGCAGUCUGAGAAUUCAUCAGAGAAUUCAUACAGGAGAGAAACCUUACAAAUGCAGUGAAUGUGGCAAAUGCUUUACUGAAAAAAGCAGUCUGAGAAUUCAUCAGAGAAUUCAUACAGGAGAGAAACCUUACAAAUGCAGUGAAUGUGACAAAUGCUUUACCCAACAAUCCUAUCUUAGUAUUCAUCAGAGAAUUCAUACAGGAGAGAAACCUUACAAAUGCAGUGAAUGUGACAAAUGCUUUACCAAACAAUCCAAUCUUAGUAUUCAUCAGAGAAUUCAUACAGGAGAGAAACCUUACAAAUGCAGUGAAUGUGACAAAUGCUUUACCCAACAAUCCCAUCUUAGUAUUCAUCAGAGAAUUCAUACAGGAGAGAAACCUUACAAAUGCAGUGAAUGUGACAAAUGCUUUACCCAACAAUCCUAUCUUAGUAUUCAUCAGAGAAUUCAUGCAGGAGAGAAACCUUACAAAUGCAGUGAAUGUGACAAAUGCUUUACUACAAAAGGCAAUCUGAUAAUUCAUCAGAGAAUUCAUACAAGAGAGAAACCUUACAAAUGUAGUGAAUGUGGCAAAUGCUUUACUGAAAAAAGCAGUCUGAGAAUUCAUCAGAGAAUUCAUACAGGAGAGAAACCUUACAAAUGCAGUGAAUGUGACAAAUGCUUUACCAAACAAUCCAAACUUAGUAUUCAUCAGAGAAUUCAUACAGGAGAGAAACCUUACAAAUGCAGUGAAUGUGAAAAAUGCUUUAAUGAAAAAAACAGUCUGAAAAUUCAUCAGAGAAUUCAUACAGGAGAGAGACCUUACAAAUGUAGUGAAUGUGACAAAUGCUUUACCCAAAAAUCCUAUCUUAAUAUUCAUCAGAGAAUUCAUGCAGGAGAGAAACCUUACAAAUGCAGUGAAUGUGACAAAUGCUUUACUACAAAAGGCAAUCUGAUAAUUCAUCAGAGAAUUCAUACAAGAGAGAAACCUUACAAAUGUAGUGAAUGUGACAAAUGCUUUACCCAGAAAUCCCAACUUAGUAUUCAUCAGAAAAUUCAUACAGGAGAGAAACCUUACAAAUAGAUUGUAUGUGACAAAUACAAUACUCACAAUGUCAGUCUUAGAAAUCAUCAGUUAUUUCAUACAGUAGAGAAUCUUUAUAAAUGAAGUAAAUGAGGCAAUCCUUUACCAAGAUAUAUCAUCUCAAAAUUCAUUAGAGAAUACUUAGAGAAGACAAACUUUUCAAAUAUAUUGUAGGUAUGAAUCCUUUCCUUUUGGCCUAGUUCCUAGACUGUAACAGUGAAUACUUACAGGGUAGAAACUUAACUCAUGCAUUGUAUGAAGAAAUAGCUUUGACUUCAUUUCAGGUCAGAGAGAACAUCUAAGAACUUUUUAGGGUAAAGUAUUUCUGUUGGGGAAAAUGUUGUAUUCUUGACAACACUUGAGGCUCCACACUAGAGAAUUAGUAUGAUUAUGAAAAUCUUGUGAAAAUAUUCAUGCAAUGUUCAAAUCUUAGAUAAUGUCAACUAUUUAUGUUGGGAGAAACUCUGAAAAUGUGAAAAUGUAGAAAGCAUUUCAUGACACCUUUUUACUUGUUCACCCUCAAACGUUAUAAGAUGAAGAUAAGUUAGGAAGUCAGAAGAUAGUAUUGUGUAACACUUUCAUUGAGACAGAAAUAAUCCAUUUCAAAAGGAAACUAUUUAAGGUCUUUAAUACAACCCUCAAAAUAGGUAAUAAAACUGGUAGCAUUUUGUAUAUUUUUAUUGUCCUGUAACUAACUCCAAUAAAACUGAAAGAUUCA